AUGGCAUUGACCCAAUUUGAUCCUUACGAUCCAAGCAACCACAAAGCUGAGCUAUGGGAUUUUAUUCGGCUGGUCAACCCCAAACAAAAAAUCAAUUCAAAACUCCGGGUUGACCUUGUGCGUUACCUCGCCAACGAGUACCUGUUGGAACUUAAGGAUCGUAUUGAGCAUCAGCCCCCUCCAUCACCAACCUCAUCCGACUCGACUCUCUCCUCAGUACAGACCUUGCUGGCAACAACAUCACCCAGCCGUUUGAGGAUUCCUGAUGACACACCCUCUCCGCCACCAACAAUAAUUGCUACGACCCUUGCAAGAACCGCUCGAUCACCAGCAAGAAAAGCUCGAUCACCGGCAAGAAAAGCUGGCUCACCGGCAAGAAAAGCUCGCUCACCGGCAAGAAAAGCUCAAUCGCCAGCAAGGACUGCACAAACGUCCUCAAGAAGUGCUCGAUCGCCGGCUAGGAGACCUCGAUUGAGGGCUGCUUCUGGAAGGUCUACUGCCACCAGAUCACCGGCAAGAACUCUGUCGAAAACAACCAAGCGCAUCACAUGUAGCGUGUCUGUCUCACCAUCUCCUAAACAUGGUCGAACACCAAAAAGAUGUUCCAAGCACCAGUCGGCCUCGCCUUCUCCCAAAGCCCCCACUCGCGGACAAUCACCCCCAAGACUACCCAAGCGUAAACCCUCGCCAACCUCUCCCUCUCCCAGACGAGCUCAUUCUCAAAAAGAUUUAUCCCAAUCUGAGGAAUCCUCGUCGUCCAAAGAAUCUUCACCAUCUCAAGAAUCAUCACAAUCGACCGAUGGGUCCGACUCUCAGACCAGCAACGAGUCAGGCAAUAGAGCUCUCUCCAGGAGAGCUCGGGCAACUGCCACCGGAAAAAACAAGCAUAUCCCAAAGGUCUCUCAGAGCCGGACCCACAACAAAUCACAGCCGUUGAAAUCUGCGCUCACCGUCAAAAAGCCGUCUGACAAGGAACGCAUUCAAGAUAUUGUAUCUAGUGUCGACAGUCGUUCUGAGGAUAGGCCUCGGUACCACACGCAAUCUGGGCAAAUCACAUCUCCAGCCUCAUUUGAUCAACAUUCAAGCCGUUAUGAGUGCCCCCCUGACGACUUGUGCUAUGCCAAAGAGGGACAUCAGGACCCAAAUUCAUACGCUCAUCCACAGAUCUCGCCCUUCUUACAGCUACCACUGGAUCAUGAUAAUCAAUUAGAGCAAGAUCUCCCGCCAUCACCAGCUCAUAAUCCAUAUAACCCGUGUCCAAAACGCCGUCGGUACAUUCGGCUCCAAGGAGGAAACCAAAGAUGGGUCUCAGCCUUCGGAAUGGUGUUUCACCCCGCCUCGGUUCCCUUUUGCCCAUCUCCUGCCGAAAGCCUACGCCCUACCUCUGGCUCCUACCAGCCCAAUCCCGUAGCGCCAACCUACGGGUAUCAGUCUACACAUUCCUCCGGUAAUGUAGCGCCGUCCUACGGGUACCAGUCCAAUUUGCCCCCGGCCUUUGGCUCUCAGCCCUCGUCAACACAUUUUGAUUAUACCCCUCAGAGAUAUGAUUAUACCCCAGGAGCCGCAAGCGGCCACAAGCUAGGCGCGCCAAGUGGCCCCAAGCCUUUUGACUAUUCACAUUAUUGGAAUCCUAGUACCCAAUCUUAUCUUUCAAAGGGACUGACAUCGCUCAAUGAGUCGAAAAGCUCAUUCAACUUCUCAUUUCCUUCCCAACCCCCACCGCCACCAACUCAAUCUUGCCAGUCAGCACCAACACCUCAACCUCAGACCAGUCAAUCUGGGCAGUCAGCGCCGCCACCUCUGACCAGUCAAUCUGCGCAGUCAGCGCCGCAACCUCAGACCAGUCAAUCUGGCCAGUCAGCGCCGCCACCGCCGUUGAGUCAAUGUCAACCCGGCCAGUCAGCGCCGCCACCGCCGUCGAGUCAAUUCGGUCAAUCGGCGCCAACACAUCAGACCCGUCGAUUCAGCCAGUCAGCGCCGCCACCGCAGCCUGGUCUAUUUGGGCAUUCGGCACCGCCACCGCAGCCCGGUCCAUUUGGCCAGUCACAGCCCGGUCCAUUCAGCCAGUCAACGCGGCCACAGCUCAAUCAGCUUGGCCAGUCCUCGCAGCCUAGUCAGUUUUUUGGCCAGUCCUCGCAGACCAGUCAGUUCGGCCAGUCCUCAUUUGUGACUGCAGCUGCCUUCAAGCCAACCACUGCUGAUGCGACUGCAGCUGCCUUCAAGCCAACCACUACUGAGCCCACGACUAAUAACCCAUUUAUGUCCGGUGUUUCGUCUGCCUUCUGGGGUCCCAAACCGGCACCACCUUCUAAAUCGACUAAUCCCUUGGGCGUAAAAACAGCCCUGAAGUACAAUCACCAACCAGUGCCAAGCCAAUCAGCCAUAACAUUUUCUACCUCCAAGCUGAAGUCAACUCAUUUUCAGCAGCCGAUGGUCACUCAUUUCCAGCAAUCCAAUCCUUCUCCUGUGCCUCAGAACAGCUGCAUGAGGGCUGAAACCGCUUUCCUGGGCACCCCUAAAGAUUCACAGACAAUCAAUCCUCAGCUCCUUCCCAACAAUGCAAGAACAAUCACCACUCCUCCAUCGAUACUCAAAUCGAUUUGA